CAACUGAGACUGCUCUUCUCUGUGUCACGGAGGCGCUCCGCACUGCUAAAGCUAACUCUCUCUCCUCUGCUCUUAUCCUUCUAGACCUAUCGGCUGCCUUUGAUACUGUGAACCAUCAGAUCCUCCUCUCCACCCUCUCCGAGCUGGGCAUCUCCGGCGCGGCCCACGCUUGGAUUGCGUCCUACCUGACAGGUCGCUCCUACCAGGUGGUGAAUCGCAUCUCUGCAUGUCUGGCAGACAUAUCAGUGUGGAUGACGGAUCACCACCUCAAGCUGAACCUCGGCAAGACGGAGCUGCUCUUCCUCCCGGGGAAGGACUGCCCGUUCCAUGAUCUCGCCAUCACGGUUGACAACUCCAUUGUGUCCUCCUCCCAGAGUGCUAAGAACCUUGGCGUGAUCCUGGACAACACCCUGUCGUUCUCAACUAACAUCAAGGCGGUGACCCGUUCCUGUAGGUUCAUGCUCUACAACAUUCGCAGAGUACAACCCUGCCUCACGCACGAAGCGGCGCAGGUCCUAAUCCAGGCACUUGUCAUCUCCCGUCUGGAUUACUGCAACUCGCUGUUGGCUGGGCUCCCUGCCUGUGCCAUUAAACCCCUACAACUCAUCCAGAACGCCGCAGCCCGUCUGGUGUUCAACUUUCCCAAGUUCUCUCACGUCACCCCGCUCCUCCGCUCUCUCCACUGGCUUCCAGUUGAAGCUCGCAUCCGCUACAAGACCAUGGUGCUUGCCUACGGAGCUGUGAGGGGAACGGCACCUCCGUACCUUCAGGCUCUGAUCAGGCCCUACACCCAAACAAGGGCACUGCGUUCAUCCACCUCUGGCCUGCUCGCCUCCCUACCUCUGAGGAAGUACAGUUCCCGCUCAGCCCAGUCAAAACUGUUCGCUGCUCUGGAACCCCAAUCGUGGAACAAACUCCCUCACGACGCCAGGUCAGCGGAGUCAAUCACCACCUUCCGGAGACACCUGAAACCCCACCUCUUUAAGGAAUACCUAGGAUAGGAUAAAGUAAUCCUUCUAACCCCCC